AUGAAUUUUUCAGAAAUUAAUAUUAGCGUAUCAGAAGGAUUAAUACCUAAAGCAAUCCGUAAAGAAUCAUUGUAUUUUAGCGACAGUAAUAUUAGUGGUGGUGAUGAUGAUGAACAAAAGCCACCAUAUAUUUUUGAUAUAGUGGCAACUAGUUCAUAUUGUAUAGUAUCAGGAUCAAAUAAUGAACUCAGAUAUUAUAAUUACAGACAAAGCUCAAUCACUCUCGCAGAAAAAUGUUCAUUUCAUUCGGAUAUUAUCACAAAAAUAAAAUUGCAUGAUGAUCAAUUAUUCUUUUCUAGUUCGAAAGAUGGUACAGUUGCACUAUGGGAUUUGAGAUUAUCACAUCAAAGACCUGCUCAAAUGCUCCAAGCAACAAAAAAAGAACCAUUAUUAUCUUUUGAUUUAAACAUUACUGGCAAAGUAGUAGCUGCUGGUACUGAACUAUCGAGUGGAGGAGAUGUUAAAAUAUUAUUUUGGGAUUUGAGAAGUUCUAACAAAGUUAGUGCAGAAUUUACUGAAUCACAUAGUGAUGAUAUAACACAAAUACAAUUUCAUCCAACAAGCCCAUCUAAACUAUUAUCUGGAUCAGUUGAUGGUCUAAUUUGUAAUUUUGAUUUGAAGAGUUUUGAUGAAGAUGAAGAGUUAAUUAGUGUAAUAAAUUCUUGCUCAUCAAUCAAUAAAGCUGGAUAUUUUGGAAUUAAAGGAGAAAAUAUCUAUUGUCUAACUCAUAAUGAAACAUUCAGUCUAUGGAAUUUCUCUGAAGGAGAAUUAAUAUCAAAUAUGGGAGACAUUAGAACAGACCCUAAUCAAAAUGUUGUUGAAAUUAAUUAUGGAAUUGAUUGUCAAUUUGAUUUGUCUACUAAUAGGCUAUAUCUUUUAUGCGGAUCAAACAAUGGAGAUAUUAGUAUUUUAAACGUAAAUUUAAAUGAAUUACAAUUAUGUCAGAAAUUAAAUGGUGGACAUGAUGAAAUUGUUAGAAGUGUUUAUUGGGACCCGAGGACAAACAUCUUUAUUUCUGGUGGUGAAGAUUCAAAAUUGUGUUUAUGGAUUGCACUAUGGGAUUUGAGAUUAUCACAUCAAAGACCUGCUCAAAUGCUCCAAGCAACAAAAAAAGAACCAUUAUUAUCUUUUGAUUUAAACAUUACUGGCAAAGUAGUAGCUGCUGGUACUGAACUAUCGAGUGGAGGAGAUGUUAAAAUAUUAUUUUGGGAUUUGAGAAGUUCUAACAAAGUUAGUGCAGAAUUUACUGAAUCACAUAGUGAUGAUAUAACACAAAUACAAUUUCAUCCAACAAGCCCAUCUAAACUAUUAUCUGGAUCAGUUGAUGGUCUAAUUUGUAAUUUUGAUUUGAAGAGUUUUGAUGAAGAUGAAGAGUUAAUUAGUGUAAUAAAUUCUUGCUCAUCAAUCAAUAAAGCUGGAUAUUUUGGAAUUAAAGGAGAAAAUAUCUAUUGUCUAACUCAUAAUGAAACAUUCAGUCUAUGGAAUUUCUCUGAAGGAGAAUUAAUAUCAAAUAUGGGAGACAUUAGAACAGACCCUAAUCAAAAUGUUGUUGAAAUUAAUUAUGGAAUUGAUUGUCAAUUUGAUUUGUCUACUAAUAGGCUAUAUCUUUUAUGCGGAUCAAACAAUGGAGAUAUUAGUAUUUUAAACGUAAAUUUAAAUGAAUUACAAUUAUGUCAGAAAUUAAAUGGUGGACAUGAUGAAAUUGUUAGAAGUGUUUAUUGGGACCCGAGGACAAACAUCUUUAUUUCUGGUGGUGAAGAUUCAAAAUUGUGUUUAUGGAACGAUAAAAACAUGAGCGAAUCUGAUCGUUCUAAAGAAAAUGUGCCAAGGUUGAAAAAACAUCUUGAUGUUAUAACAGCUUUUGUUAAAGAUGUUCACGAUAAAUUAAAUAAGAAUCCAAUUGAUAAUAAAAAAGAUAUUGAAGAUUCAUUACAAGAAAUAAUUAGUAAUGUCGAUAAAUUUCAAAAUUUACAACAAUUAACGAAAAUUUAUGAUUUUGCAGAUGAAAUUGAUGAACACGGCGUCAAUUUCUGGAAUGCAUCAAUUACUCUGAAAACAGCAAAUGCUUCGAGCGAAAAAAAAAUUGAUAAUGAAAUAAUUGCUAUGGUUAGGCAAGUUGGAUUUGUUAUGAUCCAAGCAGGCGCAAUCUCGAUUAGCGAAUUGAAAAAUAAAAUAAAAUUAUUGACACUUGCAUCAAAAGUUGGUAAAGCAUGGUUAGAUUGUGGAAGAAGUGACAAAGCUGAUGAAGUAUUAAGAUCUGCGAAUUUGAUUGAAGAUUCGAUUUUAUCUUUACAAGAAAAAACCGCAAAGGAUCAAAAUUCAAAAGCUGCAGCUUUGGUUAUUUAUUACGCUUAUCGUGUUGAGGCGGCUUGGAAAUUGUCGAAUACUCAUAUUGCAAAUUUAAUGUUACAAAAUGCGAUAGAUAUGAAAUAUUUGAAUAACGUUACAGAAAAUGAGAUUAUUGUUUUAUGUCAAGUGUGUUUUACGAUUGGACAUCAAGCAUCACGCGAAGGAAAGAUUAACGAUGCGAUAAAAUGGUUGAGACAAUCUACUUGUUAUUUAAAAAAUAGCGAAUAUGAUGAAUCUAAUUUGGAAUUGGCAGAAAACUCUUUAAAUCUUUGUUUAGAGGAAUUUCCAGGAAAUGUUAUGGCAACAUCAAUAAAACUUAAAUUGAUAAAAAAAAAAAAUCUUUGUUCUAAUAUAUUCGAAGAAGCUUAUUUUCAAUUAAUGAAAGCUGCAAAGAUUACAAUUGACGAUUUGAAAUUAUUGUUGAAUGAUGCUUAUUUUGUUAGCGAAUUCGAUACAAUGAUGGCACUUAGAGGUAUGGAUAUACUAAUUGAAGAACGACUUUCCGAUUUGCGAAAUAUUCGGUACAUCGAAAAGGCUAUUAUUACAAAGUUUCAUAUUAUUGGAAACAUCUAUAAUUUCGAGAAAUUGGAGAUGGAAGAUGACAUUAUUCGAAGUGCCGAAAUCACACUUGGAUUUGAACAGCGACAUGGAAUAGUACUCGGUCAUAAAGUCAAAACUGCGUGUCAAUUGCCUGCAAAAAAAUGGUUUACAAUCGCAAAACUUGCGAUCUGUUAUCUUGAAGAACAAGCAUUUGCCGACGCUACAGAAGCAGUUCAUAAAGCACAAACACACGAAAAAAAUUCCGCGGCAAAUUUUUAUAUAUUGUAUCAUAUCUCUAUGGAAAAAAGCCAAUUUGAUCAAGCAAUUCAAUAUUUACAUGACAUGUGUAAAGGUGAUGGCUUUCAAGGAAAUAUGUUGGCAAUGGUGGCGAAUAAUUCAUAUCAAAAAAGUAAUAAAGAUGUUUUGGCUGAAGCAUUGAAAGAAAUCCUGAUCAAGUACCAGAAUGGUGAAGAUGUUGCUAAUACCGAUAUAUUCAUUCUUCUAAGGUGUUUGAUAAGAAUGACAUUGAAUUCUUUGUCCAAUACUGAUGCCGAAAGUUCACUUAAAGAGUCCAUUUGUGGAUAUUUUGAAAUAGCGCUAAAUAUAUUAAGACCCAAAGAAGAUUUCGAUAGUAUAAAUAGCGGUAAUAUUAAAAAAAGAAAUCAAACGGAAAAAAAUAAAUUGUUAAAAGAUCUCGAAUGGCUUUAUAAAACCGCUUGGAAUAUAGGAUUAGAAUUUUGUCAAAAAUCAGAAAUUGGUAGUGAUUUAUAUGCCAUUAGAUUAUUUAAUGUUUCGCACAGUUUUCUUUGUGAAUAUCCAGAAGAAACAUCAGAGAUUGCAAAUGGAAAAAGACUAUGUAUCUUUACAUCUUUAUGUGGACAGUUAUUUCUUUCAAGGAAUGAAAAAUACAUAUCAAAAAAGAAAGAAUUAUUGGAGCAAACAAUUUUAAAUAUUGAUAAAUACAAAAAACUUAAAAAAGUCCUGGAACCAUUAGCACAAAAUGAUAUGGUAAUCAUUACAUUAUUUGAAUUUGAAGCUAAAGUUAAAUUGGGCCAAUGGGAUGAAUUAAUGAAAAUAUUAGAUUCAGUAGAAGCUUAUGAUUUUGAAGUGCCGUCAAGAAUAUUUGAAAGAAUGGCAGAGCUAUUGAUAAUUGAGAGCGAAUGUCCCAGUUCAGUAAUAUUUACGACUUUACAGGUUUUGUUGGAUUCCUUUUUGAAACAUGAACAGAUUGAUAUUGUACAAUUCUCGAGAUGGUUUAGAGUAUUAAUUAUUACGGCAUUGGCUAAAAAAAAGCAAGAAUCACUGCAAUAUUUUCAACAAGCUUUAGAUAUAAUAAAUCAAGGCAAUUCAAAGUAUCCCGAAGAAGAGAUUCAAUGGUUAAUGGUUAGCGCAUGGAAUUGUGGAAUUGAUUAUUAUUCUGCUAAUGAUUUUUCAAAUGCAAAAAAUUGGUGCGAAAUGGCAAUUGCAUUUUGUAAAUUCCUUGGGAAUGGAUUAUUAUACGAGGAAGAGAUGCGAAAAUCUUACGUUGAAAUAAUUAAAAAUUGUGAUUCGUAA